CUCAAAAAUGACGAAAGUGAAAGUCCCUCCUCCGCUGAAUAUCAGUGAAGCCCUUGAGGACGAAGAACUUAAUCACAAGACUGCUAGAAUACUGAAAAAUGACCUUCUACUACACGAGGCUGUGAUAAAAAAUGAAGCGGAUGCAGUUCGCAAAGUGCUCAAGGAAACUGUCGACGUAGAUUCCAGAAACAAUUAUGGACGGGCACCUAUUCAUUGGGCAGCUUCUAGAGGAAGCACAGAAAUUAUCGAAAUGCUGAUACAAGCAAAAUGCGAUAUUGAAGCAAGGGAUAAGAUGGGUAGUCUCGAUUUAUCGAUGAGCAAAAGAGAUGUUGCUUGCUCCAAGUUUAAUGUAACAGGAGAAGAAGUGUUGUCUCAUAUUAACACGGUUAUUGCUAAUGCCAAAGAUUGGGGCGGCCAUAUCGGGCGGCCAUAUCUGGCUCCGGGCGGGCCGUGUGUUUCAUCAGCCAUCAGGCCCAGACCUGGUACCCCGAUCAGGGCCCGAUCAGGGCCAAGGCAAAAUUUCUACACGGGAUUAAUUAAAGAAUAUACACUUCUGAUGUGUGGAGCUCGAGGUGGUAGUGCAGGGGUUGUAAAUUAUCUCGCAGAAGCUCUGGAAUCAUUAAACGGGGACGCAACUGAUUGCACAGGAGCAACUGCAAUUCACCAUGCAGCUCUCGCUGGCCAUCCUUCUGUAAUAACAGCCCUUUCCAAUAUUCCUGGAAUUGAAUUGGAGGCAAAGGAUAAGAAAGGGCAAACACCUAUGCACUGUGCGUGCUCGCAGGGCCAUUUGGAAGCCGUUGAGGUGUUGAUAGGUCUAGGAGCUUACGUGGACGCUCAGGAUAAAGAAGGAAAUACACCUCUGCAUGUGACUACAAGAAAUAGGUAUACAGCGAUUGCUCAGCUCCUUUUAAAAGUUGGAGCAAAUACUGAACUUACUGACGAGAUGGGAGUAACUUCGCUUCACGUGGCUGCGAGUCAAGGAUGCAAAGGAAUACUCCAAUCGAUUAUUCAACACGGUGGUUUUCUCAACAAGCAGUGCAAGAAUGGUAAUACUCCACUGCAUCUAGCCUGCCAAAGUAAUGAGGUUGACACCGUAGAAAUUCUUGUGAAUAAAGGGGCCGACUUGAACAGCCUUAAUACGAGACUCCAGUCUCCCAUACACAUAGCGGCCGAAAUGGGGCACACGGAAAUCUGCAAGCUCUUGCUGGCCGCAGGUGCAAAUAUCGAGCAACGUGAACAAAGUGGAAAAACGCCCCUUUACAUCGCUGCUAGAGGUAGUUUCACAGCGAUUGUUGACAUGAUUAUCAAGACUGCGAGAUUAGAUUAUCCUACACCGGAAGACACGAGUUUAAAUAAAGAGCUGACACCAGCAAGAAGACAAUGGAGGGAAGAGACAAAAGGUAGUAUGUCGAAUAAUAAUAGUGGUCUCUCUGAUCACGUAAGAUCCAUUUGUUGGAGGGUGGCCUACAAACAACUAGGUUCUGGAGACUGGAAAAGACUGGCUCUUCAUUGGGCGUUCAAUCAUGAUCAAAUCAACGCAAUCGAACACCAGUAUACCGGUCCUUCGAGUUACAAGGAGCAUGGAUACCGGAUGCUGCUAAUCUGGGCUUCCGGUCUUAAUCCUGAGGUGCAUCCGCUGAAAGAACUUCAUGAGGCUUUAUCGGCAAUUGGCAAAACUUCCGCCGCUGAAUUCAUCCGUAAACACCAGGAAAAAGGAAUAGAGGAAAAGCCAAAAUCGAAUAAACAACGCUGCCAAAGCUGUACGAUCACGUGAACGUCGUUUUUAAAAUUGAAAGAAAAGGAUACACCGAUUUCUACCAAUUUCGAUCGUGUCUAAUUUAAUACUAAAUACGAGAAUGAAACUCGUCCAAUCUGGAUUUCGAACCAGUCUAAAUAUUCGAUAUGCUAAUUAUCAAACAAUUUAAUAUAGAAAAAGAGCUUCUUAGUAAUUUGAUAUUAGCCAUUCAAAAAAAAAAUCAUAUUUUCCCUUCGGUCUCUAAACUCAAACAUAGAAUCGAAUCGCCAAAAAAAUC